ACAAGUCUUCCCUUCCCUGCCUCGCUCGCUUCGGUGCGCUCGCUUUCAAUCUGUAGGCAUCUUCCAGGAACGGUUCUCUUCGUCGUUUUUCUUCGAUCUAGAUAACAUAUGAGAGACGAAAAAUUCGAUUCAGAAGCGACAGAAGUGGUUCUUUUGGAGCAGAUCGAGCGGAGAUCUUCCGGACGUGCCAUCUUUCGGCGGAUUUGGCCUGUUGUCCAGGCAUGUGGUGUUUUUGGUGCAUGUGAUGCUUGCUUCGGCUUGCCAUGAUGAAGGAAAUUGAGGAUUCCAUUAGCUAUCAGGCUGAGACUAUAUCUUCUGGGUCGAUAUCAUUUGGCCGUUUUGAAGCUGAAACCAUGUCAUGGGAAAGAAGGUCAUCAUUCUCCCAUAAUAGAUACCUUGAAGAGGUUGAGAAAUAUGCCACACCUGGUUCAGUUACUCAAAAGAAAGCUUAUUUUGAAGCCCACUUUAAGAAGAAGCCUCUUCUGCAUCACACCUUUCCAGGAUUUCAAAGUGAGGCCAAAUUGCAGUUUGCUGAAGAUUGUGCUGGAAAUCACACAUGGAAUGUUGAUGAUUCGGUAGAAUGUGGUGAUGAUGGACAAGUUGAAUACACUUUCUUUGAGGCACCAUCAGUAUCUGGUGAACAUGAGGUAACAAAAUGUGAACAAGAAGAAGUGUUGAGCCCGAAUUUCUCGAGAGAAUAUACUCCAUGGAACAAUGAAGAACUGUCAGACCGUGGUGCUUUUGACUAUGGUGAAGCAUAUCAAGUACAGUCUAAUAUCACUCCACAGGAUGGGAAUGAUAUGCAAAUAGUUGCCAAAGAGAAUCAUGAACAUGAGACUAGUUCUCAUCAAGAAUUACUUGAUGGCCAGGAAUUUUCAUCUAAAAUUCCUUCAGAUGUGAAAAAUAAGACUCCUGUUUUGAACAAAAUGGAAAGAAUGUCUACUGAGGUACCAGAAAAAGUUGAAAAGAAAUUUGCAAAAGGAAAAUUGAGGAACCAGUUGCCUGAUUCACAGACUUCAAGAAAGCCUUCAACUUAUAAGAGUUCUCAUUCUGCUGGUAAGACAUUUCCAAAAAAAUUAGUUGAAGUGGAAAGGGGAGAUACAGAGAAGAUGCAACCACAGCAAAGGUUUCCUGCAAGAAUUUCACGAAGUUCUUUAGAUUCCAAAAAUCAGAAAGCAGUGGAUUCAGAAAAGCUGAAAGCUAGGGUAGGAGAAGAGAAGAGAAGUGAGAAAUGUCUAAGUGGACAGAUGGUAAUUCAUGUCCUUGAUCCCCUUCCUGGAAAAUGUCAAACUGAUAUACAACAAUCUGCGGACAGAUGUGCAAGGGUUCCUCUUUCAGAUCAAACAAAAGUAAAACAUAGAGCUGAUGCUUUCAAAUUUAGAAGUGAUCAGAGGGCUGAAAAAAGAAAAGAGUUUUACAUGAAAUUGGAAGAAAAGAUGCAUGUGAAAGAGGCUGAGAUGACUGAGAUCCAAGCUAGAACACAAGAAGAAGCAGAUGCUGAGAUUAAGCAGCUGCGGAAGAGCCUUAACUUCAAGGCAACUCCUAUGCCUUCUUUCUAUAACAAAGCUGCACCGGCAGUCCUGAAUGGAAAAAAGGUGGCUGCAAUGCCUGCAAGCUUUUCAAAGUCGCAAAACAAGACUAGGAUUUCUGCAAAUAGAAACUCAUAUAGAGAUAAAUCUCCAGUCAUAUCUAGGAUAUAUCGAGAGGGCUCCACUGGUGAACCAAAACACACUGAUAAUGACAACCAUCAGGAAACAGUUCCUGCCAAGAAGAUCCAGGCGGGGAAGAAGGACGAGAAGAACAGGCUCCACGCGCAGCAAGGAGAUGGCAGCGGAAAGAAGGAAGCGAGGGGAAAUAUGGUGAGAAGCAGGGUCAGAAAGAUGAAGGGUAUCGUCGCUGGUAAUAUAGCAGUCCAAGUUGCAUCAUGAACUGCAAGUCUUUCAUUUUUCCAGUUAUCGAUACGAGUCGUAAAGAACUGAGAGAUGCAGGCGUUCCUGCUGUCUCAUCUAACCAGAGAAACAAUCUGCCAUUGCCAAUGCUCUCUUUUGAGCCACUUUUCUAAGUUAUCAAAGCCAAUUACCUUCUUGUAUCAAUUUCAAAAGUGCUGGACUUAUGAUGUUGGUAUGUGACAAAACUCAAAUAGGUAUGUACAUUGAUGAGCAAUUUAUUUAGGCCUUCAUGUUG